CGAUCCUUGGGGGGGCGAGGGGGGCGCCCUGGCGGGCCUCUGGACCCAGCGGGCUGCCCUAGGACCGCACUCCCCGAGCUCAGCCCCGUUUCCUGUCCACAACCGGAUGCCUGCGGGCUGGACCCCCUGCUUCUGAGUUCACCCCAUGGUUACUUCUGUAGGCUAUGGCUGUCGGCGAUUCCUGCAUCGUCAGGCUCCACCUCGCCUCAAAGUCGAUCUAAGCGCUCCUCUGUGCAAUGCGGUAGGAUGGGAACCACCUCCUCAUUGCUGUUCAGAUUUGCACUUCCUGUACUUCUUCGAGGACAUGUACUAAGAGCUUAAUGAAAAUGGACACAGUUCUCACCUUCCUAGAGCUAACAGACUAACAGGGAAGAUACAUGGUUUCCUCCAGUGUACCCUGAAUUACACGAGACGAUGAAGUACAUUGCCAAGAAAUGUGGAGUCAGGUUCCAGCCUCCAGCUAUGAUCUUGAUUUAUGAGAGUGAAACCGAAGGAAAGAGCCGCAAGCGCAUCAUGCCUGUCCGAAACUUUUCAAAGUUCUCAGAUUGCACCAGAGCUGCUGAACAAUUAAAGAAUAACCCACGGCACAAGAGUUACCUGGAGCAAGUGUCUCUGAAGCAGCUGGAGAAGCUGUUUGUUUUCUUACGAGGUUCCUUGCAGGGUCAGAGCUUGGCAGAAACGAUGGAACAGAUUCGACGGGAAACGACCAUCAAUCCUGAGGAAGACCUGAACAAACUGGAUGACAAGGAGCUGGCCAAAAGGAAGAGCAUCAUGGAUGAGCUUUUCGAGAAAAAUCAGAAGAGAAAGGACGACCCCAAUUUUGUGUAUGACGUUGAGGUUGAGUUCCCUCAGGAUGAACAACUGCUGUCCUGCAGCUGGGACACAGCAUCAGUCGAUGAGUUCUGAGGCCUACACUCCAUGUUUCCACAAAGAACAAAAGAUCAGUUCACAGGAAAAAGAUAAGAGCCAGAUAAUUGACGAAAGCUGUAGAAGGGUCAAAGCCCGGGUUCCCGGGGGUGGGGUGGCCUGGGAAACCCAGACUUUCCCUCAGCGGAAAGGGGCUCAUGCUCAGCUCUGAAAUGCUACAGAUGUUUUUAUGGAAAUCAAGAUGAAGCAAAGGGGGAAGGGUGUAGUAAAGAGACAAGAAAGAGGAAAAUCUGAGAAAGGGUGAGUAAUUAUAGUUUGACAAGAUUGGAAUUAACCUGUGUUCUUUAGGACUCUAUGUGCAUUAACUCUGGGAUAGACAGGAACACCUGUAAGUGGAAAAAGCCUUACAGCUACAAGUACAUGUAGCGGAAGGCAGGCAGUUCUACUCCGCAGUCAGGAAAUGUGUUCUAACGUUACUCUGAAACCCAGAGCCACUUCCUGUGAAAGGCUGGUUUGUACAGUGGGAAAUCUGCCCACAGUGAGUGAUAGGUACUGCUAUUCAGAUCCGUUCCUGAGUUUAGUUGUACCAAGAUCUCAGCCUCACAAGGCCUCUGUGUGCAGAUGUGUUUGUUCUUACUAGAAUAUUAUCUGAUUGAUAGAAAUCACAUGUUUUCUACAAGGAAACUAUUAUUCAUUGAAUAAAGCUGUGAAUGUA